UUUCAGGGAUUUGUGUUGUUCGGUUCAAUAUUGAAUUUUUACAUUUGGACAAGAUCAUAUAACGAUUUUUACCAGUACUACUUAUUGAGAGAAGUCGAAUUUUUACAGUGGUCAUUGAAUGCAUUUGUAAUGUUCGUUUUCCUACUAUGGAUCAGAAAUUUAUUCAAGGAGUUGAAUAAUAAGAUAAUUAUCAGAAUGGAAUGUAAGCUCAAAAGACAUUUGGCUGUUGCUCAAGCGGGUAUGAUUUUUGGCAUUGAGAAUAGGGCUGAAAACAAAACUCAAAACUCCUUUGUCAGUAUUCAUUAUGAGAUUUGCAAACUGGUGAAUCUGUUCAAUGACCUAUUUGGAUUCAACAUAUUACUCUCGAUCAUAAACUGUAUAGUUCUACUUUUGUUCAACGCUGGAUUAUGUGCAUUAUAUGGUCUGCAAUCUGAGGAUACUAUGUAUGGUUUUUUUGAUUCUUACAGGCUGAUAUCGAGUUUUCUAAGGAUAGCCACUCUUUUGGUAGCUCCAGAUAAAAAAUAGAAGCGUUGAAUUCAUAUUCUAGUUUUAUUCUUUACAGAUCAUCCCCGUUAUGCUAGCCUACUCCUGCGAAUGUGUUGGGGCUGAAGCUAAUAAGAUGAUACCAAUAACUCUCAUUUAUCUCAACGAAUUACCACCUUUUUCUGGAAAUUUCGAAAGUAUUACUUUGGAAGAAGAACUUACAGCUCUGUUUGAGCAAGGCAAUAUAAGAACCCCUGUAUUGACUGCAGCGGGCUUUUUUACUGUUAAUUUUGCCAUGCUAGGCUUCAUAAUUGGCAGUGUCACUUCUUACAUUAUCGUCACUCUACAGUUGGUUGGGAAUCAGUGAAUCCGUUUCAAUUGCCUUCGUAUAUAAUUCGAUAAUAUUCGAUUUCCAAAUGGGAAAUAUUUUUCACGGCAUUUAAUUUUUUGUUCGAAAAUGUUGUUUUCGAAUGCUAAA